AUGGGGGGCCCCUUCGCCUACUACGGCACCCUGAUACACUCGAGGUCUCCGGCAGAGAUCCAAGUCCUCGUCGACACGCUCAUCGUCGUCGACGGCCAAGGCAAGCUAAGUCACAUCUACCCUCAAUUCCAGCCCCGGGACGGGCAGAGUCUGGAGGACAGCAUUGCUCGAUUAUCCACCCAACCUGACGCCGUCCACAUACCGGUGGUGCGCCUGGAGACUCCUGGCCAAUUCCUCGUCCCUUCCUUCAUCGACACCCAUGUCCACGCGCCCCAGUUCUCCAUGCGCGGCCUGGGCCAGGGCCUCCAUAUCCUGGACUGGCUGGACCAAGUCACGUUCCCGCACGAGGCCAAAUUCCGCGACACCGACUACGCUCGGCACGUCUACGCGAGAUGUGUCGACAUGGGCCUCCGCCAGGGCGUGACCACCGCGUGCUACUUUGGCAGUCUGCACACGCCGGCGACCAAGGUCCUCGUCGACCUGUGUCUUGAAAAGGGCCAGAGGGCGUUCGUGGGCAAGACCUGCAUGGACAAUCCCCAGACCAACCCGGAGUAUUACAGGGAAGACACCGCGGACCUAGUGGCCGGGACGAGGGAGGUGAUCCAGCAUUGUCUAGCCGUGGACGAGAACGGCGACAUGGUCAGGCCGAUCCUGACCCCGCGGUUUGCCAUCAGCUGCACGCCAAAGUCUCUCACAGAACUCGGUAAACUGGCCCAUGAGCACGCCAACGUCUACGGCGAGGGACACGGCAUUCCCAACCAAACCCACUUCUGCGAGGCCCAGCAAGAAAUCGAUGCCACACUGAGACAGUACCGGGAUUUCAGCUGCGAAGCCGACCUCUACGCGCACUACGGGCUGUUCGACCGCAACUCGGUGCUGGCACACUGCACGCUCCUCAGCGAGGCAGACCAGGCCCAGAUCAAGCAACGACACUGCGGGAUCGCGCACUGCCCGGCGUCCAACACGACCGUGGGUGGUGGUUUCAUGGCCGCCCCGAUCCGCAAGCUGCUGUCCGACGGCAUCACGAAGAUCGGCCUGGGCACGGACUCGGGGGGUGGCUUCUCGUGCAGCAUCAUGGACGCUAUGCGGCUUGCGCUGAUCGUGGGCAAUGCGCGGGAGAUGCUGUCCACCGGCAUAGAGGAGCGAUUGACGCUGGACGAGAUCUUCUACAUGGCGACGCUGGGCGGGGCCACGGUCCUGCGCAUGGAAGACCGCGUCGGGUCGUUCACGGUCGGGAAACAGUUCGAUGCGCUGCUGGUGGACAUGAGCGACCCUUCCCACCACGACGGACCUGGCCCGGUCGAAGGCAUGCACACCAUGCUGGACGGCGAGGGCCGCAGCGCCGAGGACAUCAGGCGGGUCUGGGAGAAAUGGAUCAUGUCGGGGGAUGACAGGAAUCUGAGGAGGGUAUGGGUGGGCGGCAAAGUCAGGAAAGACAUGUUUGGCCCGCGGUGA